AUGGAGAACCGAAUCAACUGGUAUUGUUUGGCGCGUCGUCGGAGUGGACGAUGGUUGUCGACGCGGCCGUUCCUCGCUUUUAUACAAGUUGGGUGAGACCUGCUUCGGGCAAGUGCUGGUUUUGCCAAAUCUUGCCUAUCAGGCCUCCUUCGGCUGGGACAACACAUUACGUGGUGCAGUUCCACGAGACCGUUUCGCCUCGUCUUUUCUCCUUUUUGUUCCGAUGGAUCCCUCUGUACUGUCUGUAAUACAAUCGUAAACUAAAGUUCGGUUCGCUGUGAGACCCGUUUUUCCUGAUGAAAGGAAAGGAAGGAUGUAUUCAUCUUAUCAACAGAGCAUUAAAACUAUAAGCCUUUGUUUGCAGUUUCAUUUUUUGAUGCGCUGGUUUAAGAUAGAAAGAAAAGAAAUUCUCCGAGUUCAUGAAAAUAAAGCCUUGGAAAAAAAAAAAAUUAAAAACAAGCUUUAACUUGAAAAGGCUACAAAGCGAUCACAAAUAAUCAGAAAAACUUACAAGGAAAUCUCAGAAAUUCUAACUUGAACCGCACCGCGUUCGCAUCGCGUCGAGCCAUUCCAAACGUCUCUAUGUGAUUUGAAUUCGUGACGAAGUAUCUAUCGGUAUUUCUAAAGUACGCAAACUUUGAAGUUUUUGGCUGAAGUGCCACCGUUUCGGUUUCCAAGGGGGUUUGGAACAUUUCCUGUGUUUAGGCUCCGAUUUUCAAUCCUUCUGUAAAAUCGAAGAAUUAUCGAUCCAGGAAAAACUCAAAUCGAAAAAGACGGAUCAAAUGAUUGGAAAAAUAUUUAUUUUCCAAAUGAAAAAUUGCUAUUUGAAAAUGAUCCAUGCAAUUUGAAAAUAAAAAUGAGAGCUUUCGAUUCAAACUUCAUAACUUAUCGAAAACUGUGGGAUCUUUUUGAAUCUAUAUUUUUUUAGAGCUCAGUUAGUCGAUUGAAUUUUGUUGUUCUCAAUCCAAUCACAAAAUCUGCAUGAAUCUGAAGCAGUUAUAAGUAAUGAGAGUUUUUUUUUUCCAAAGUCCAAAGUCUUGAAGAUCUGACUUUUUUCUCAUAGGAUCAUAAAAAAAAGAGAUACUCAUUAAUUUGCCACGCUUCAAUCCAACCUGGAAAAAACGCGGCCUUCAGGCGAUAAUUGUUUUUGUUUUCUUGACGCCGCGUUGAAAAAGUGUGUGCUCAUCUGCCCCAACGAUUGUGCUCGUUGGCCAUAAAAGGCUGUUGGCCGACGGCAGUUCAUUUCCCGAUGAUUCCGACGAUUUUCUUGUGGUUGGCGCUGAUCCAAGUCGUCAGAGCCGCCGAGGUCUGCGAGGCGGGGGCCAUGAAACGGGAGCAACGCUGCGCCAACAUUUUCGAAGACCUCAGCGACUGCAGAAACGCCUCCUUUAAGCCAAUGCUCAUGGUUUGAGUUUUUCUGAAAAAAAAGGUAGAUUCGAGAUGGGUCCAUAUUUCGCAUACAAGAGUAAAUUUGGAAUUAAAGAAGUUUAUCAUACGCUUCUUCCCUCACCAUCCAUAAGUUUCUGAGAAAUUUUGGAACAUCUACUACGAUCUUAGGACUGCCUGGUGACGUGCGGCUCUUGCGACUCCUACCGUUGCCAGAACCCCCAGCCAGAAAACGUGCUCAACUGCACGGCCCUGGCCGACCAAUGUGAGGAUCCGACCUUCGUCCAGUUCAUGAAGGUCAGUUCCCAAAGUCUUUAAAAAUCUCAAGAUCUCGCUGUCAGGAGAAAUGUCCGUUCACUUGCGGCAAAUGUGACGUCAAGAACUCGAAUCUCUGCAAAGAUCUGCAGAGCGCGACGGUCUGUUCGUCGAUGGCAGUUGGUUGUUGGAAGUCUUGAAUCGGGAAUCUUCUGUCUCUUUUCAGCCUUUCUGCAACUCCGUCGACUACUACGACCUGCUCACUGUCCAGUGUCCUUCGACGUGCAAUAGAUGCUCGCGAAACGGCGUCACAGUCAAACCAGGGGGUAUUCUAAUACCAAAAAUAGCUUGUUUUGAAAAAGUCAAAAAAGUUGAGCCGCGCCGCUAUGAUCAAAGGGAGAGCUUCAAAAAAAGCUUUUCACAACCAAAAACGAAACAUUUUUUGCUAAAAUUCCAAGAAAUCAUGAUUCCUGCAAGCAAAUUUAGGUCCAAGCUAUUACUUCCAAAUUGUUGAGAAAAAAAUUAUUGACUUUUGAAUCUUUUUAUUUGUCAGGCGAUUAUCAGUUCAAAUUCCAAAAACAUUAUAAAGUUAUAAGGCAAGAAAAAAAUAUCAAAACUUUUUAUAAAAAAAUUUUUUUAUACUCGGAAUCAGAAGCUUAAUUUUUGAAAGAUUGCAUGAUUUCUUUUCUUGAUAAAUUGGAUUUACGACUUUUUACUGUACAAAACUUUCACAGAAGCUUUGCAAAUCUAUAAAACUUUCUUAUUUUUUUUAACUUUGAACAUUGCUUCGGCUCGUAAAAGUCUUCAAAAACACUUCAAAAACUUCAACUUUUCUUCAGAAUGCGCCGACAUGGCUUCGGACUGCGCGAAGAACUCGAUGCGAUGCACGUCUCCGAACUACGCUCCACUGAUGCAUCGACUCUGCCGGAAGACGUGCAACGCUUGCAACGUCACUUGCGAGGACCAAGCCCCCAAGUAGAAUUCCAUCUUUUUCACUUUUCCAUGAAUUUCAUUCUUCAGCUGCGCAUCCUGGGUCAAUCGCGGCUUCUGCAGAGCCUUCAAAAAGCCCGAGGCGAUGAAAAGCUGCGCGAAAAGCUGCAAUUUCUGCUCACAACGACCUUGA